UUGGCCCAAGCGGAGUCCUCGGGACAGAGGCCAGCCCAGGCCUGGUGCAGGGAGGAGCUGGACAGGCGGGUGGGUACUCCACCUGUGGCCCUGGCUGGGGCUCAGACCCAGGACGCUGCGGGGCCGAGGAGGCUUUGGGAGCUGGAUGUGGGCUUGGGCCCGCUGUACGCCCCUCACGAGAUCCACUGCAUGACACACACGCCUCUAAGCAUAUGUGUGCUGCUCGGAGGCAUGUGUGUCAGCCUAGAGGAAGUGAGGCGUGGCUUCCCUGGCGUCCUGCUCAUCUCUGCUUGGGCCCGGGCAGGGGCGGCCAGCCUUGGCAGUCGUCUGGUGCCACGGCCUCUCCGCCUUCUUGUAUCUCCCUCUCUCUGUCACUGCCUGCUCCCACAGCCUUGGGGGGGCCUUGGAGGCUGCUCCGAUCUUGGGGCUCAGGUGGACUGGGCUUCUUGUCGUUGCUAUGAGGUGGAGGUGUCCAGCCAGCUGGAGUGGGUUUGGAGGGGUUUCCUGUCCCUUUGCUCCUCCUGAGAUGCUGCCGGGUCACACACGGGCUGCCCUGGCCUGCUUUGGGCCCUCCCGGAGGAGAUGUCCUUGCCGCUGCCACUCCCACUCGCCUCAGCCUCUGGGUCUGGAGCCUGGUUCCGAAGAGGGCCCUUCUGACCCUCCUCCUUCCCAGCGGCCUGCUCAGCCUUCUGUUGCCUCGUUCCAUGCAUCCCUCCCCUCACCGGUUUUUCAAAACUAAAUUUAGAAAAAUUGAGAUAAGGCUCACUGUACAAUUCAUCCCUUUACAUUUGUCUGUUUUUGAUCGACAGCUUCCACUUUUAAAAUCUCAGUAAAUUUCAGUUUGUCGAAUGGUUGGACCCACUCAGGUUUCUCCAGUUGGUCUGUGAUUCCUCCACAGCUGUCACCUGGUUACUAAGCCUUCAAGGCAGGACUCUGAGCAGCAGAUCCCCCGAUGGUACGUUGCAAAGCGCGGUUGGCCCGCGGCAGGAAAGGGGCACCCGGUGUGGAUAAUUGUAUAACAUCAGUAGGCUGUGGUCUGGGUGCCUCCGACGGAAAGGGAGGAGCUUCUGUGCAGUGCUAGAGGGUCUCCAGACCCCGAGAGGGGUGAGCCGGAGGCUCCCUGAAGGCCUCAGGGGACCAGUAAAUAGCAUUCAUCCAGCCGUCAUUUCCCCAGUCAUGCCACACUGUGGGCCCCACGUCAGGCCCUGGGAGAUGGCUGUAGGAGGUGGACACAAUGGUCUGUCUUGAUAGGGGCAGGGGCAGGGCCCUCACCCAUCCAUCCUUUCUGAUGGAGACUUCCGGGUAGAAACCACAGUUCCCUUUGGACUCAACACCUGCCCUUUCAGUAUCCAAAGCACCUCUGUGCUGAGGGCAAAUUCCCCAGCGUCUUCAGUGGGUAACGUGAGCAGGUGUCCUUGCUUUGGAGAUGACCUCUGCCCCCUGGCCCGGGUUAUCUUGCCCAGUGCAGCCUCGGCAUCCUCGAUCUGUCAGUUAAGAGCACAGGGAACCACUUUGUGGUCAUAAAGCGCCUCCCAGUGUAUCUGGCCCAUGCAAGCACUUACAAGUAGUGCUGUCCCUUUGUAGAGCCCCUGGGGCUGAUGUGCUGUUAUGAAUCUUAUCUGUGGCAGGCAGGCCCCAGUGUGGCCCCCAUGUAGCUCCGCCUCCUGCUCCCCACCCCCUGGAGAGCAGGCUGGCCUCGUGGCAGGUUCUGACCAACAGAACUCUGGGAAGGUGAUGGAGUCACUUCCGUGGUUAGGCUGCACAGCCUAUGAUUUCCAUCUUGCCAGCUGACUCCCUUGCUGGCUUUGAUGCAGUGAGCCGUCACGUUGGACAGGCCCAGGCGGCAAGGAACAGCCAGCAAGCAGCGAAGCCCACCGACCGCAUGACGGGUCCUAAUAGUGGGCCCCUCCCUAGUCGAGCCUUCGGAUAAAACCCAGCCUGGACUGACACCUGGAUUGCAGCCUCCUGAGGGACCCUGAGCACAGGACCCAGGUGCUUCUAUCUCGCGCACAUUCCAGAGAAAGAACCAGCCCCUGAGACUCACAGGAGGUCACCUGCAAGCCCGAAGAAUGUCCCGUCUGAUAGGAAAACUGAGGCACAAAGAUGCUCGAAGAGCUGCCCAAGGUGGGCAGGCAAGCCCACUGGAGAACUGGAAUCUGAACCCACGGCUGUCCGGUUCCACAGCUCGUGCCCUCUUGGUUCCUCUGUGUUGCUCGAAAUAAAAUUAGAGUGAGCAAGCGCCCAGCCUCCGAUGGCUUUUCCCCUCCCAGCUGCUGGAACCAGCUUGGCCGUGCAGCCCGCUCCUGGACUGGGCCCUGCCCUGAUCCCGUUUCCCGAGGCCGCCCAGCUACCCAGGCCCAUUACUCCAGUGGGGUAUGGCGGGUACCAGCCCCACCCCGGCCAGGACCUCAGUUACGGCGGCCAGCCCCAGGAGCCUGUGCCAGCGGCCACCACAGCUCUCUCCUACCAGGACAGUUACAGCUAUGGACCAUCGACAGCCGCUGCUGGCUACGAGAACAAACAGGACCCGCCACCUGCUGCUGGCCAGCCUCAGCUCCCAGCCAUGGCCACGGCCACGCUCUGCCCACCAGGGCCCCAAGGAGCCUACGGUGGCACAGGUUACAACCAAGUGCAGCCCCUGCCGCAGGUGCCCACCGCCGAGGCGGGGCAGCUGGCCAGCACUUUGCCCUCCACCGCCACCUACCCCCCGGUGAGCAGCACUCAGCCCGCGGCCUCCUUCCUCUCCACCCUGCCUUCCUCAUCCUCGUUCGGCCCAGCCUCCGCCCCGUACACUGGACCAAGCUACCCGAGCUAUGAUGCAUCUCCAUACUCAGUGGCCAGUCCUCACUAUCCCCCGCUGCUCCUCCCACAGAUGCGGCCGCCCCUGCUCCCAGAGCCCGUGGACUCGUCCCUGUGGGGCGGCGCGGGCAGCAGUCCCAGUGCCCGUCGCACCGACAGCUUCGCCAAAAAGCUACCAGUUACCACCAAGCUGCCAAAACCAAGGGGUGGCCCCAAGGAGCUCCCGCUUCACUAUUGUGACAUCUGCAAGAUCAGCUGUGCUGGUCCCCAGACCUACCGCGAGCACCUGGAAGGGCAGAAGCACAAAAAGAAAGAGGCGGCUCAGAAUGUGGGCAUCCAGCCCAACGGCAGCCCACGAGGGGUGCAGGCACAGCUGCGCUGCGACCUGUGUGCCGUGUCCUGCACUGGGGCGGAGGCCUAUGCUGCCCACAUCCGGGGGUCCAAGCACCAGAAGGUCUUCAAGCUGCACACCAAAUUGGGGAAGCCCAUUCCCAGCCUGGACCCGGCGCCAGCGAACUCGGCCCAGGCCACCAGCUCCAGCCAGCCGGCCGCCACCCCCCUCACUGCAGAGAGCCCCCCCGCGGCCCCUGCCAGCCCCAGCAUGUGUGCCCCAAGCACGCCAGCCCCAGCCAGGAGACCGGCUGCCUUGAAGGCCUCGCACGUGGGGCCUCCUGCGCUGCCGGCGGCAGACAGCAGACCCCCUCAGGGGAAACCAGCACACCCCAGAUCAGAGCGGCCCGGAGAACCGCCCACCCAAGGAGGCUCUGCGGAGGCUUCUGGAACGUGCUGUGACGCACAGCCUGUGGGCCCAGGCUACGUGGAGGAGGUGUGCAACGAGGAGGGCAGAGUGAUCCGGUUCCACUGCAAGCUGUGCGAGUGCAGCUUCAAUGACCCCAAUGCCCGGGACAUGCACGUGAGGGGGCGGCGGCACCGGCUGCAGUAUAAGAAAAAAGUGAACCCCGAUCUUCCGAUUGCGGACAAGCCCAGCACGAGAGUUCGGAAGCUCCUGGAGGAGAGGCUGAGGAAGCGGCGGCAGCUGAGCAAGCAGCGUCUGGGGGCGCUGCGGCGCCAGCACGCGGAGAUGAGCAGGCGCCACGGCUUGUGCAAGAGGCGGCUGGAAGAGGAGCCACAGGUGCAGGAGGUGCGCUCGGGACGCUCGCUGCCCAGCCAGCAUCCACCUCCCCUCAGGAGCAGGCCGGGGCUGUUCACAGCCAAGCCUCUGCCCAUGAGGCGGCCGGAGUCCAGCGACGACCGGCACGUCAUGUGCAAGCACGCCGCCAUCUACCCCACAGAGGAGGAGCUGCUGGCCGUCCAGAAGGCCGUCUCCCACGCGGAGCGCGCCCUCAAGCUGGUGUCCGACGCAAUGGCCGAGGAGGAUUCCGCGCACCCACGGCCAGGGGGCGGGGAGCGCAGCCGCCCAGGCGCCUCUGCUCGGAUCCUGAAAGGCGUGAUGCGGGUCGGCCUCCUGGCGAAGGGCCUCCUCCUGCGGGGAGACAGGGCCGUGCAGCUGAUCCUGCUCUGCUCCCAGAAGCCCGCCCGCGCCCUGCUGCGCAGAGUUACGGAGCAGCUGGCCCUCCAGCUCCCGAUGGUGACAGAGGACAAGUAUGAGGUCUCCUCCGACCCUGAAGCCAACAUCAUCAUCUCCUCCUGCGAGGAGCCCAGGAUACAGGUCACUGUGUCCAUCACCUCGCCCCUGAUGCGGGAGGAUCCCUCUGCAGACCGAGAAGGAACAGAGGUGCCUCCGCCUGACCCGGGAGAUAUCCUGAGCUCAGAGAAGUGCCUCCAGUCGCUGGCUGCCCUCCGCCACGCCAAGUGGUUCCAGGCGAGAGCCAGCGGCCUGCAGCCCUGUGUGAUCGUCAUCAGGGUCCUUCGGGACCUCUGUCAGCGCGUGCCCACCUGGGGGGCCCUGCCAGACUGGGCCAUGGAGCUGCUGGUGGAGAGGGCUCUGAGCAGCACGAAAGGGCCCCUGAGCCCCGGGGAUGCCGUGAGACGGGUCCUGGAGUGCAUGGCCUCUGGGACGCUCCUGACAGAUGGGCCGGGGCUCCAGGAUCCCUGCGAGAGAGACCAGAUGGACGCCCUCGGGUCCAUGACCCUCCAGGAGCGGGAGGACAUCACGGCCAGUGCCCAGCACGCCCUGCGCAUGUUGGCGUUCCGGCAGAUCCACAAGAUCCUGGGCAUCGACCCUCUGCCGCCCCCCAAAAGCAGGCCUGGGGCGCGCUUCCGGAAGAGGCCACGGGAGGCGAGCGAGGCCGAGGCCGAGGAGGGCGCCAGCCAGAGGAAGCGGGCUGGCGGGGCAGAGAGGGGCCCGUGUGAGCGGCCUCGCCUCCCCAACGGGUCCUGACGCCCCACUGAAUGGCUGCUUCACCCCUGACACUGGGCAGUCCUGUUUUCCUUUGCAGUAACGUUCCGUAGAUUUCUUUAAAGACACUUGUGCUUAAAUCAUUAGCAAAAUCUCUUCAUGUGGCGAUUUCGGCUGCGGGGGUUGGGACACAGCGCCCCAAGGCCUGCCUUCACCUGACGAGAAGGUGCAGCACAAUUUUAAACCCUGGCAUUUCUUGCUAGCUUUAAACUCACCCUGUGGCCUACUAAGGGUGUGGGUUUUUAAAUGGCUUCGUGAGGACACAGCAGCUGUGCGUGGAUUUGAAAUCUCACGGGCAAGCCCACUGGGGGUCCCACAUCAGGAAGCCUGGCCCCGGAAGGCAGGUCGGGAGGAUUUGGGGUGGUGGCCAAGCCUGAGAGUGUGCCAAGGCCAGGGUCCUCAGUCCCCAAGCCCAGUCUGCUCCAAACACGCUGCGCCCUCCAGCUCCCCAGCCUGGAGACGGCCCCGCGGCCAGAGGUCUGCAGGGCUUGAGCUGGGCUUGUCCCCCAGCCCGCCAUGGGAGGGCCACAGAGCCUAAGGGUGGUGAGGAUGCAGGCUGGGCACUCCCCUGACCCCCGGAACAUCUGUGACCCCCGUGGCACUGCACCCCGUGCCACUCCGUGCCUUCUGCACUACGAGGAACAGCUCUGUACGCCUCAUUCGGGGCUGGGUUUGCCUUGUCUUUCUCCCGUCCUCCUUGCAUAGGUGCAGCCAAUGUGGGUGCAGGGCCCACCCCUUGAAAGUGGAGUAUGGGGGCUCUGCCUGGUGCGGCGCACAGAAUCAGGAGCCUCCUGGCACUGGUGGACAUGAGGGCAGCCUUGCCCAGCCCCGGCCCCGAUCCAUCCAAACUUCCCUCUUUGCGACAACUUCUCUUGUCCGGCGGCCCUGCGGCACUGAAGGAGAUAAGUCCAUCUUUGGGCUGACACAAUCUUUUCUGGUCACUUGAUUGUUUCAAGCUCAUUUCUGUGUUUAAGGGACAGCCUGUGUGUGGCUUUACGUCUAAUGUCUUUGUAGAACUACCUGGAAGUUUGAGGGGUGGGGAAUAAACGAGAUAUACCUGUCUCUUGGUGUGGACCGUGCAGUCCUUCCUCGGGGUGCAGUGACCCUGCUGGGCUCCUGCAGCCUCUCAGGGCCCCAGGCAGGGGCCCUGACCAGCCAGAACUUCUCCCAGAGGCUCUGAGGCUGGGAGUGUGGAUGGGGAGGAGGUCCAAGGGGCUGGUGCUGCCCAGGUGUGGGCCUCUCAGGCCAUCUCCACACUGAGGUCCCCUGGGAAUGCAGAGGAGCCAGGCUCUGCAGACCCCACCCCCAAUCCUGGGGAUCCAGCCCAAGAAGCACUCAUCUCACACACAUCCCACAGCCACUCAAGGAACCCACCCUGGCCUGGUCCAGGAGAUACACGGUGGGACCAUCAGCGGGAGGGUCGGGGACCCGGAAGGCUUCCUGGAGGAGGGGGCAGCCAAGCUGAGUUGGGAGGGGUGGCUCUCCUCCUGUAGGCCCCCUACCAAGUGUUCCCCCGCAGUUUCCCCCAAUCCUCAUUGCAGACCUCAGUGGGGAGCAGGGGUCCAGACAGGGAGAGGGCAGGUUGGAGGGCAGAGAGGGGAGGAGGCAGGCGAGGUUGUAGUGGCCCGUAGCAGAAGUGGCACAUGCCCACGGGCACAGACCAGGGCUGGGAGAUGGCCAGGACCCCCUUCUCAGAGAUGGGCCAAGGGAGUGUCGGCCCCCCAUGCAGGCAAAGCUUAGCCUGGUUCUACCAGGCACAUUAUCUACCGGAAACAGGAAGCAGCCAGCUGGUGCCUGACCACUCCAACCUCCCCGGAAGGGCAGGCCACUCUCCUCUGCUUCUGGGCCCUUCCUGAGGGAGCAGCACCCCAACAGCACAAGUGAGGGCAGAGCAGCCCCUCGGCUACGGCCACAGACCGGGCACGGGGGACAUUCUCCACCUCACGCGGGGGAGCUUCACCCCCACACACCCUCUCCCUCUGCAUCUCUGUCGACAGCUCUGCUAUUCACCCAGCUGCCCAGGCUGACCACCACCACAACUGAGGCGUCCUUCUGGGUUCCUUUGUGCUCGGGGCCGAGCCAUCUGGAAGUCCUGUUGGUCCCACUUCUGUUGCUCUCCAUUCACAGCUUCUGGCACUCUGCAGCUUCAACCCUCCAGCAGCUGGGGCCUCAGGAUAAAACUCAGGAUUAUACUCAAGAUAAAACCCCAAAUCCCGACAAAGCCCCCACAAAGAACCCAACUGCCACCCUCUGCCUCAGUAACUCCACUUCAGACCUACUAGUCUCUGCUUGUCCUCAGUGAACCAGCCAAACUUCUUCCUGCCCCAGGGCCUUUGCACAUGCUUUUUCCACUGCCUGUUAAGCUCUCCCCCUGGCCUGUAUGGCCAGCUGCUCCUCUCCUCCUUUGGGUCUCAGAGAGGCCUCCCUGACCACCUCAACCUGUCACAUAACCCUAUUCAUUUCCUUUAUGCCACACGCCACUGAUUAAAAUCAUUUGUUAUCUGCCUUGCUCCCACACUGUGAACUGUCUGCGGGCAGCAAGUGUAUCUGCCUUACUCACUAUGGCACCCCAGGUCUAGAAUAGACCAAGUUCAGUAAAUAUGUUAAUGCUUGAAACCAUGCUCUGACCCUCAAGGAUGGGUGUCUGUGUUGGAGGAAUUCACCUCCUAGCAGAUAAGAAGACACGGUUUGUUUCGGUGUCAUCCCAGGAGAUUACUGUACCGAUCAGGAUGAGAGCCUUUGGCUAAGGUGGUAGCAAGAGGAUGAAGGGACGGGAGAACGGGUUGGCGUUCAGGGGUGGCCAUCACCGCUGCACUUUUGUGGGAAGCCCCUGUCCUGCUACCAUGAGUCUUCCUUACAUCCUGGCAGUAGCAGCUCCGGGAAAUCUCAUGACCCACCGCUCACCAUCCCAUCCCUGCCUCCUAGGGAAGAUGGAUGUGAUCUUCUCCAUCAGGUGGUGUAAAACCAAUCCAGUUGACAGAGAGUUAAAUCUCCGCUGCCCCCCCCGCCCCC